GUUACUGUGUAGGCUAAUCACAGAACUUAAGUGGUAACCUGUUAAUAAGUGUUAUAAAUUAACUAAAAAUUGUAUUUCACGAUGUGGUUUUUGUAUUUUUUAAGCUGGGUUGCUACUGUUGUACAGUUAUGUUUCGUAGUUUUAGCAGUUGCUGCUGGACUUUACUAUUUAGCAGAUAUUGUUGAAGAGUAUACUGUUAUGACUGGGAAAAUCAUUAGAUUUUUGAUUUUGGUGACACUGUGUAUUUAUGUAUGUCUGUUCCUUUUUGAGGAUCUUCCACUUUCUUUAAUUUUAUGUGGAGCAGCAAAUCAAAUUGGACAUCUUUUUAUACUGCGAACCUUCCCAUUUUUUAUUCUUACAUCAGCACCAUUCAUUGUAACAGUUGCUCUUUUAGUCAUCAAUCACUACCUUGCCUUCAACUACUUUGGAAGUGUGUAUUAUCACUUUUCAGAGGUUUUGGCAUAUUUCACACUUUGUUUGUGGAUUGUACCCUUUGCCUUUUUUAUAUCACUCUCUGCCAAUGAAAACAUCUUACCAACAGUUUCAGAAUCUAAACCUCUGUUGACAGAAGACAGUGAUGUAGUUACCAACUAUUUCUCACAUCGUAGCAAGCGUUAUGGACUUCUGUCGUUCUUUAACUACGCAAAAGAAAGUAUUUUGCCUCAGCGGAUGAAGAAGACAUUCUAGUGUAGUUUUUGGAUAGUAUACAAAUGGACAGUAAAUUGAAUGGUUUUCCUGGAUGAUUUUUUGUUUAUGUGGCCAUAAGACAGAAGGUUUUGUCAUCCUAGUUAUACAUAUGCAAGUUGAGGUGGCACAAAAGAAGACUAGAAAGAAAAUUCCCUUGUUAAUUUUACUUUUUUUUGUAUAUGCCUGCAAUUUCUUCACUUAUUUCACACACACAGCAGCUAUACUGUAUAUUUAUGUUGAAGAUAUUGUGCAGCUUUCAGUAAUACAAUUUGGGAAAAAUUGUAAUAGAAUCGUGAAUUACCUCAUUGCUCACUUAUUCUUUUUGUUGUUGUUGUAUUGUCUAGGAAGGUGAUAUAUAUCUGAAGUUACUAAUUAAAUAAACAUGAUCAAAAUACCAAUCAUCUAUAGAAGUAUUUGCGACAUUAAAAGAAAUUGUCAAUGACAGAAUUUUAACAUUUUCUGAUUCACAAAGUAUUUGCAAGAUUGUUGAUGUGACAAAGGAAGUCUGACUUAAUUUUUAAUGUGUUCUAAGAUAUAGCAACGACUAAGGUAAAUUGUAGUGAUAUUGAUAAGUGAAGAAUGAAAAUAUCUUAUACUAUAAUUUAUGUAUUUCAAAUUUAGUAUUAUAAUGGAUUAAAUAAACGAUUGGAAUAACAUAAGUUAUUUUCUUAAAAUAAACUAAAUUUUAUGAGGAAAAAAAUUAAAUUUUUUAAAAUAAUAUUUCAGUAUGAUACUAACAUCUCAAAAUACCUCCUCCUACCAAUAAAAAAGGUAGCUGUAAGCCAGUUGUUAAUUAACAGUGGUUUAACAUUUCGUAGAUAAACACAGUUAUAGAAAUCAUUGAUGUUAAAAGUCUUUGGUCAGUUACUUUCAUUUCAGAGUUGCAUAUUUUUGAAACUACUGAAACUAGUAUCAUUCUGUUAAAAUAAUUUUCAUAUUACCGUACUAAGAGAGAGCAUAACAUAAGGAUUUGUAUUAUAAUUUUUGACUUAUUUGGUUUGUAUUUUAUGGAAAACAAAUUUUAGAAAAUGUGAUUUUCACACCAUUACUCACAUUUGGCUUAAGUGUGCUUCCCUUUUUCACCCUGUCUCUGUUCAGGAAAGGGCAAUACCUGCUUUACUGAGCCAGUUCAACUGUAAACUAAGAUUCCUUCGGAGUGCUUGCAAUUAAUGUGUAGUCUAUCUUGUUAAAUAAGAAUAUAAGAAUCUAAAUGUUGAUCUUUCUUCCCUUGUAAGUGUUGGAGUCUUUCUAGUUGUUCUAGCUUCCUCUAUCCUGGAAUUAUUGCUUCACUUCUUUCUAGAUGGGGCAUUUUACAUACAGUGUAAUUUCAUUUGUCCACAGUCUUUCUGUUGUUUUUCCAAACUCUGUUCUUUUAUACUCAUCUUUGUGUUUGAAUUAUUGUAAACUCUCUUCUUGAUACUGGUACAUAUCCCACUCUCUGCCAGUACUUUAAUUCACUAUUGCACAUCUAGUCUGUCAAUCAGGAUACUGCAAUACUUACAAUAAGUAUUUUAUCUCUUCAAACAUUUCCAGACAUUCCUAGCUUUGUAGUUUUGUGGUGUAUAUGAGCCAAAAUGGUUGUUCUUCAAAGCAUCAAGGAACAUAGUUACAAACUGUAGAACUGAAAUUGAUUGUACUUACUCAUGCAUUGGACUGUAAUAGUUCAGUAAACAUUAAGGUUUUUAAGAUCAU